UACUCUCUUUUCCCUCCCUCCCUCCCCUCAAAAUGGGAGUAUUCACCAGCUAGCUGGCAAGCCAGUUGCAUAUUUUAUAAAUCCCACCCCAUACUCCUCCGCCUCCUCUCUCUCUCUCUCUCUCUCUCUCUCUCUCUCCAAAACACAAACAUGAAUCUCAACCAUACCUCCUCCACCAUUCUCCUCUCCUUAAUCUCCCUAAUCUUCCUCUCCUCCUCCGUCUCAGGCCAAACUUGCCAGCGGACAUGCGGCAAGCAGCCCAUCAAGUACCCCUUCGGCACCGGCACCGGCUGCGGCGACCCGCGAUUCCAAAAACACGUAACCUGCGACCAAACCCAAACCCCAAACCAACUCACCCUCUCCACCCACACCGGCUGCUACCCCAUCACAUACAUAGACUACACGAACCAAGUACUCUACGUAUCGGACCCCACCAUGUCCACCUGCGCCUGCGCACGGCCGAGCAAAGGCUUCGGCCUCGACUGGGACGCACCCUUCGCCUUCCAGGACAACACCAUCUUCGCGCUGCUCGAUUGCUCCACCUCUUCAUCGCCUAUCUACAAGUCGUCGGGCGGCGGAAACUACAGCAGCGCCGCCCCUCUCUGUGACACCGACGGCGCCUCCGUCUGCAGCUUGCUGUAUUCGUGCCAGGCGGUCAGCAGGCUGAACGUCCCCAUCUCCACCUGCUGCGUCUACACCCCGGUGGACCUCGGGCCGGAGUUCGAGAUGGACUUGCAGAAGCUGCGGUGCAGUUCGUACUCCGGGAUAUACGGGUUCGACGGGAGAGAGAACGAUCCGGAGAGCUGGUACUACGGGGUGGCGCUCAAGUAUAAGUUCAACUUCGACAACGCGUACCCGGCUCUUUGCGCGAGCUGCGAGAGGAGUAACGGGGUUUGCGGCUACACCGGACCUUACAAUACGUUCGUCUGUAAUUGUCUCAGUGGGAUUAAUACUACCACAGAUUGUUACUUCGCGGCGUCCUGGAACAAUGGCUUGCUGCUACUCCCAUGGAAGAUAGGUACUUGGUUGCUCUACUGUUUGGCAUGGUUUCUGGUCUUGAUGUAGAAUGUGAUUAUCAGAGGGGGAGAUCCCAUUGUUGUUAGCCAAUAAAACUGCUGAGGUUGGACAGCCUUUUUUCCUUUUUCUCUUUUCAUUUACUUUCUUGAGAUUUCUAAGGUGUGAAGGGAUUCAAGUACCCUUUUGCUUUGACGAUAGUUGCAAAUAUAGUGGAAUUUCUAUGUCCAAAUCUCCCCUGUUA